AUGGUUGAAAUUCUUUUGUUUUUAAUGUGUGUAAUGAUGUGUGUCGCCGAUAGAGCAACCAAACAAAUAUACCAUAAUUCACACCAAAAAUCUGGCAACAAAAUUUUAAAGACCAUCAAAACAGUCAAUAAUUCAACUUUAAAUGAUCCAACGUGUGGAGGUAUUCCGGAUUGCGCAACCUGUAAAUGGGUUGGAUCUGAAAUUAGUUGUACUUCUUGUUAUGAAAGUUACUAUUUAGACAAUAACUCUUGUAAAAGAUGUACACCUUUUUGUAAAAAAUGUGAAUCUGAAAUUGGAUGUUCUGUUUGUGACGAUGGUUAUUACAUAAAGGGAACAAGUUGCGAAUUUUGUGGGUAUGGAUGUUUAGUUGGGAUGUGUGAUCAAACAAAAG